AUGUCGCCGACAAAAGGCCUCGUUCUUGUCACAGGCGCCAAUGGCUUCAUCGGCGCACGUACUGUUGAAGCUUUCCUUUCCGCCAACUAUUCCGUCCGCGCUGCAGUACGAAGUCAAUCCUCAGCCUCUAGCCUUCUCUCAGCACUCCCCUCAUACGCUUCCUCCGGCCAACUCACGAGAAUCUUGGUUCCCGACCUUAUGGCUAGGGGAGCUUUUGACGACGCAGUAAAAGGCGUAACGGCAGUCGCUCAUCUCGCGGCGCCAGUUGACUUCCAAAACACCAAUAUCGACUACGUCAUCGGUUCUUCGCUGCAAGGGACUCUCGGAAUUUUGGAGUCCGCUGCUAAAGAGCCUGCUUUGAAGUCAUUUGUGUACAUGUCUUCUAUCGUGGCUGUAAGAGGCUGCAAACCCAAGUAUCCAGAGAAGGGUUACACAGAAGAAGACUGGAAUGACCAAAUUGAGGAUGUGAUCGCGAAGGCUGGCUCGGAAGUGACAGGUCAUCAGAUUUACGUCGCAAGCAAGGUCAAAGCAGAGCGCGCAUUCUGGGAGUUUCGACGAAAGAACGCAGAUCGCAUCGGCUUCACCAUGACAGCUGUCAACCCGGUCUGGGUGGCUGGACCACCACUGAUUUUGCCUGAAGACCCGGAGAAGUUGAGUGAGACAGCCAUCGUUCCUUAUCGCAUCAUGAACGGUGAGAACAUGUCGUCUGCUGGACCUGGUAACGGAACACAUGUUGACGUGCGCGAUGUUGCACGACUCAUCGUGUUUGCAGUUGAUAAGAAAGAAGUGGCCGACGGGCAACGAUACAUCGCUGGAGGAAACGGCAACUUUGCAAACAUCCAAGCUUAUCGCGACUUAUUGCGAAAGGCUUAUCCUGAUAGACAGGGAGUCAUUGGGAAAGGCGAACCAGGAAAGGGAUAUCUGCAAGACUACAGUAUUCCCAAUGGUGGGUUCAAGGUCGAUGCUAGUAAGGCGGUUGAAGCAACAGGCCAAGGUUGGAUCCCUUUUGACCAGAUGGUUUUGGAGUCUGCAAAGGCGUAUGAAAGGUAUUUCUGA